AUGUGGCGCCUUCACUCGCUGCAAAAGAUGGUCUUGUCUCCCGAGCUGAGCCCCAGCAGUCGGAUUUUGUCGUGCUGUGCUAGCUGCCAAAGCAUGGAGGAAGUGGCAAAGGUCGUCUCGACCAUCUGCGAGAAGCUGGAGGGUCGCGCGGACAGCGGGGCGUCUGCAAUCGCUGCCCAAUUUCUGGACGAGGCCUUCUUUGCAACUGCAGCUGUGAGCCCACUGGCGCGGUCGAAUUUUGUGAAAGGAUGGACAGAUUCGCUCAGACUGCGAACUGAGCGAUCUCGGCUCGGUGGUCGUGCAAAUGGCAUGGAGAGGGAGGCCAUCAGAUCCUUUAUCGACGGCUGA